CAUGCAUCAAGGACGCAAGAGGAAAGCAAUCGAUUGUGCGUUCGCUUUCUUUCUCUCGCGGGACGAACCCCACCAUUUGCAGGGCAUCCAAGUGAGCCCCACACCCUCAAAUAAGAGUCAUCUCUCUCCGAAAUCCCCAGUUCUCUCCCCAAAAUUAAGCAAUAAUGGCCAACACCGCAACUAGCAAUAUGAACUCUUGCUGCUCUUGUUAAGGUGCUUUUUUCCCCCAAGAUUCCUGAAUCGCUGUCAGUGCGAAAUGGAAAUGAAUGGUACUUUUUCUGAUAAUCGGUUUCAGAGAACUGCUCCGGUGAGGGAAUCAUCUUCUUCGGCCGCCAUAGUUAGUGGCAAUUUGCGACCCAUGAAUGUGGCUGACGAGUUUGAUCGCUGGAAGGGACAGGCAUCUUUCAAGAGCUGGGCCAAGCAAACUGAGGAGAGCUACCAGUUGCAGCAGGCUCUGGCGCUUCGUCUUUCAUCGCUGGCUGCUUCUGCAGAUGAUCCCAAUUUCCUGGACUUGGAAUCCAGCUCUUCCUUCAAUUCGGCCGAGGCUGCAUCUCAUCGAUUUUGGGUCAAUGGUUGUUUGCAAUACUCAGACAAAAUUCCAGAUGGAUUUUAUCUUAUCCAUGGGAUGGAUGCAUAUGCAUGGACUAUAAGUGCUGAUCUGCAGAAUGUUGGCCCGAUUCCAUCAUUUGAAUCACUGAUGUCAGUUGAACCAUGUGAUGAUCUGUCAGUUGUAGUGGUUGCAAUUGACAAAUCAAGAGAUCCUGGUUUGAGAGAAUUGCUAAAUGGCAUCGUUAGUCUUUCUAAUAACUGGAUUACUACAAAGGAUAAAAUCGAUCAUCUUGCAAAUCUUGUUUGCAGUAGGUUGGGGGGUGAAACCUGGACUGAAGAAACCUUAGCUUCACGCUGGAAGGAGUGCACUCAAAUUCUAAAAGACAUCCUUCAUUCUGUCAUUCUUCCAAUUGGAAGCUUAACUGUUGGCUUAUGUGUCCACCGAGCAUUGCUCUUUAAAGCAUUAGCUGACUCAGUGAACCUCCGAUGCCGAAUUGUCAAGGGCUGCAAGUAUUGUAAAAAGGAUGUAGGUGCUUCAUGUUUAGUGCAAAUUGGCUCUGACAGGGAGUAUUUGAUUGAUUUGGUUGGAAGGCCAGGGGCUAUGAGCCAGCCUGAUUCUACACUGAAUUCUGCAUCUUCAUUAUUAAUUGCUUCUCCACUAUGUCAUCCAAAGUUCAAGCAAGUUGAAACUGCUGAAUAUUCGAAGACAUUAGCCCAAUUGUAUUUCUUGGACUGUCAAGGCCUGCAACUUGUAUUUGACUCCAAGUCAGGUGGUGCAAUUGAUCAUAACGAUGGAAUUGGUCAAAAGCCUACUGAAGCUUUUAAUGCAAAUUAUGCAGAAGAGUAUGCGUUACUCAAAAAUGCAAACCAGUCAGUAUUGGAUAGUCCAAGUCACAGGAUUGACCUUGAUGACGAUGAUCUGGAAAUUUUAUGGAGCGAACUUAUUUUGAAAGAGAAAAUUGGAACAGGGUCAUUUGGAACUGUCCUUCGUGCAGAUUGGCGUGGUUCUGAUGUUGCUGUGAAAAUUCUCAAGGUUCAAGGUUUUGAUGCUGAACGAUAUGAAGAAUUUAGAAAGGAGGUCUCACUCAUGAAACGUCUGCGGCAUCCAAACAUAGUUCUCUUCAUGGGUGCAGUUUUUGAACAACCAAACUUCUCAAUAGUGACAGAAUAUUUAUCAAGAGGAAGCUUAUUUGAACUUCUGCGCAAGCCAGAUGCUAGAUUAGUUCUUAGUUGGAAGCGUCGGUUAAGUAUGGCUUAUGAUGUGGCAAGUGGAAUGAAUUAUCUUCAUCAAAUGAGACCUCCCAUUGUUCAUAGAGAUCUUAAGUCUCCAAAUCUUUUGGUGGACGAUACCUAUACAGUUAAGGUAUGUGAUUUUGGUCUCUCACGUACGAAGGCAAACACAUUUCUUUCAUCUAAAACGGCCGCAGGGACGCCUGAGUGGAUGGCACCAGAAGUCAUUCGUGGUGAACCGUCAAAUGAAAAAUGUGACAUAUUCAGCUUUGGUGUAAUCCUGUGGGAGCUAGUGACCCUACAACAACCUUGGAGAAAUUUAAAUCCAUCUCAGGUUGUUGCAGCUGUGGGUUUCAUGGGCAAAAGACUAGAGAUUCCGAGCUAUGUGGACCCCAAAGUGGCUGCCUUGAUUCAACUCUGCUGGUCUAUUGAACCCUCGAGCCGCUGCUCUUUCUCCUAUAUUAUGAACUGUCUGCAGCAAAUGAUUGCCGAUGCUCAAGAGUGAACAAGUUCAUGCAGAUAGUGUCAGAUUUUAUAUAGAAGUUUCAAGUAGAACGUCACUUCAAAAGAAAUUUGUGUGUGGAUCGUUUAUGUCAUAUUGAUAUGCUUCUGCCUCCUGUUUACCUUGGUUAUUCAGGUGGGUCUAAAUCUGAGUAUAUUAAAGUGGAUCUUUAUUUAUUGCCAGUUUUGUUCAGUGUAAUAAUCUCAUUUAGUUUCAAGAGCAAAAUUAUUUGAGGACAAUGUAUAUUUAAUGUAAGCCAACUACUUAAUUCUUUGACACAUUGGUAUUGGCUUUUUCUGCUUUA